AUGCGGCUGUUUGUUCUCUGGCUUCAAGCACUGCAGACAAAUUUCGGAGAGGAGCAGGCGCUAAUAUUUGCAUGUCUUGUUCCUGGCUUUCCUGCCGUCAUGUCAUCUCGAGGUCCUUGCACACUGGAUACCCUCAUAAAUACUACUUAUAAUUUACCCGAUGGUAAAGUUUACCCUGAAGAGAUAACCCCUCUUUUGCCAGCUGUGUCUGGUGAGAAAACUCCUGAAGAUCCAAGCUGCUAUUUCUUACAGAUGUUGCUGAAAUACAUGGUAAUACAGGCUGCAAGUUUAUCAUGGAGGAAUAAAGAAAACCAAGACACAGGCUUUAAAUUUUUGUUUAAUCUGUUUAGAAAGUAUUAUCUUCAUCAUUUGUUUCCUUCAUUUACAAAGUUAACCAACCUUUAUAAGCCUGUACUUGAUAUUCCAGAUGUAAGACCAAAGCCGGUGUAUGUCACCUCAACCCGUAACAACGAAAACCACUAUAGCACAAAAGUACCACACAUGGCAGCUAGAGUUGUGUUUAUUAAGUGGCUUGUCACUUUCUUUUUGGAAAAGAAAUAUGUAGCAUCUACUCAAAGCACUAAAAACGGAGGAGAAGUUCUGCCAAAACUUAUCCAGGUAUGUAAAGUAGUCCCUGUUCCUAUGUACUGUGUCAGAACACAUGAAGUAAAGUGUUCUUUGCCUAGACUAUGGACAUUAAAGCUUUUUGCAUAUCUUUAA